AGCAAAGCGCCUGCGCCACCGCUGUUACGCGGGCUGCCGGCCGCUUGGGUCUCGCCAUGGCCGGACCCUCUUCCGCCGUCGCCCUGCGGCCGGUCACUCACCUCAUCUUUGACAUGGACGGUCUCCUGCUGGAUACUGAGCGUCUCUACACGGUUGUGUUUGAAGAGAUCUGUGGGCGCUUUGGAAAAACCUAUACCUGGGAUGUAAAAUCAUUGGUCAUGGGUAAAAAAGCCCUCGAAGGGGCAGAGAUUAUUCGAGAUGUCCUAGGUCUUCCAAUAACCAAAGAAGAAUUAUUACAAGAAAGUAAAAUAAAGCAGGAGAAGAUAUUCCAUACUGCUGAAUUGCUGCCAGGGGUUGAUAAGCUGAUCCGCCAUUUACACAAACACAACAUACCCAUAGCUGUUGCCACCAGCUCAUCUGAAGCCACAUUUCAGAUGAAAACAACCAGACACAAAGACUUCUUUGCUCUUUUUCAUCAUAUUGUGUUGGGAGAUGAUCCUGAGGUGAAGCAUGGCAAGCCAAAUCCUGAGGCAUUUCUAGUUUGUGCCAAGAGAUUUCAUCCUUCUGCACCUCCAGAGAAGUGUCUUGUGUUUGAAGAUUCACCACUUGGAGUCCAAGGAGCCCUGGCAGCAGGAAUGCAAGUGGUUAUGGUUCCAGAUGAAAAAUUAAAUCCAGAUCUUAAAAAGGAGGCAACACUGCUGCUCAACUCCCUGGAGGAUUUCAAACCAGAGCUAUUUGGUUUACCAGCAUUUGAUUAAUGCCUAAUAUCUCUGAUCAUGCACUUGACUGGAAAGUAGGAAAGUGGAAUGCAGUUUUAUUAUACUUCCAUUAUUAUUUUUUGCAUCUUCACCUCUCUUCCUCAAAACUAGAGCACAAAAGUCCUGUUAACACCAAGUCUUCUACACAGUACUUCUGCAAUUUGACUGGAAAAUGUAUGAUUUCUCCUCAUGAUAAAUGCUAAAUCAAAGCAGCAUUUUGUCUUGUGAA